UGCAUAAUGACAAACAUGGGGGGCUACUCUUAUGUCGACUGCCAACUUCCUCUUGACAUGGCCAACAUGGCGUCCAAUCGUCAGUAUCCAGGUCUUCUCAAGGGAGACAUGCUUGAUACCAACUCUCUCUUUGAAAAACACACAAUAGAGGAGAUAAGAAAUACAGAAAAGAAAACUCGGGCUGAGAUAGAAAAGAAGAAAGAGGAUCUGCGGAUGAUGGUUGGGGAGCGGUACAGAGAUUUGAUUGAAGCUGCAGACACUAUAACAGCAAUGAAGACAAGUGUGGAAAAUGUGAUGAAAUCCAUCACUCAUAUGGAGGAGCUGUGUCAGAACUUGCACCAGAAACAUAUGAUAAAAGGCGCUUCAUAUCAACAACCAAUGAAAUCUGACAACUCCAGAAAGCAACAAGAGGCCAACUUCUUUGGUGUUGCUGCACAAAUCAAGUUCCUCCUUGAUAUGCCAGAAAAGAUCUGGAGCAGUGUGGAAAGCGGAGAUUACCUGGCCAGUACACAGCUGUACCUGCUGGCUCGUCAUGUCAAUACCAGCUUACAUCUGGAUAGCCAGCAUUCAGCAAAGGUCUUAUCGUGGUUUCCUGUCUUGACCAGACAGUGGGCUGCCAUCAGUCAUUUUAGGUCAACCAUUCUGCAGGGCUGCCGAACCCUUCUGACUGACACAGAAGCAACAUAUUCUGACGAGAAAAUGGCUCAGAUCCUUUGCUCUGUUCUACUGUUAGACGACAGCAAUCCGCGGCAAGUCUUUAAUGAAUUCCUGCUAGCCAGAACAAAAGCUUUACAGCAGACAUUGCACUGGGGUCAACAAGCUAAUGUAAAGGACCAGGUGUGUGGUGUCAUUCGUUUGCUUAAAAGCACAAUUCGUCAGAUUCAUGCUGUUUUCUACAACCCUGGCUCUGGCACUAGCCCUCAGGAGGGAGAUUCCUACAACUUGCUGCAGAAAACACUUGCUAGCGUUGUCAACACAGAUGCCCUGAGCCAGUUUUUUGGACUGGAUGAUGUCCAGGGUUCUUUGUCUAUGAAAUAUGUCCCAAAAUCUGUGAAAGACUUUCGUCCAGCACUUCGCACUCCCGCAAUGUCUAUCUCAGUGGAAACCUUGCAAGGAAAUUGCCAGCAGUGGAUAAAUACGUGUCUCCAGGAUGUUCAGGCAGGUGUAACCAAAUUAUUAAACUAUGUCAGCUCAGUGAAACGCCUGGCAGAUAUACGAGAUGAUGUUUGGAACAUUUUAUCUGAGGAAGGGAAUACAGAGCACUGGGAUGUGAUGUGCAGGCGGGUUGUGAACAAACCUCUCCACCUGUGGCAAGAAUUUCUACAGCCACUCUUUUUAAAUAGAGUGAAGGCUCUCAUUCAGUGUCAACUUGAUAGCACAGCAGAAAUGACAAAGCGCAGCAUGUCAAAAAUUAUGAUGGAAAUGGCUUCCAGCGUCAAGACUAGCCAAAUGAUAUAUGAGGAAGACCUUGGGCAGUUCCUUUGGUCAGAAGGAGCUGGUGACGUGCAGAUGAACUUUGUGUGGCAGCCAGCAGCUUCUCGCUGUAUUACUGACAGUGGGGGGCUUGCAUAUAAAGCGCGGGCUUUCACACCUGCUGUGCAACGCUUAUGUCAGAGUGUUGAUGGGAAGCUGAAGGCCAUGCUGGAAGACAACCAGCUUUACGUCCAGCCCUCAGAGGACACCUCAAAGGAACCAAGUACUGCUGGACCAUUUGAUCGUUAUUCAGACGCACAAGACAUUCUGCGCUUUUGUCAGGAUGCAAGUGCCAGCUGCAUCCAGCAAAUAGUUGAUUAUUUGAUGGAGCAACUGUCUCUAUGGGAAACAGCACUCAGAGACAUUCCUGAUGCCACCACACAGAUCAUCACAGAGCAUAAGAUUCUUUUUGUGGCUCGCACCUGUGGAGCUCUGUCUGAACUCACUCCUCAUCUGCAAAAGUGUUUUCUGGGUGUGACAGAGCACCAGCGAAAUGAAACAGGAAUCCGAAAAUCCCGAUCUAUGCAAAAAUCUCCAGGAUCACAAGAGUGGCAAGCUGUAGUGCAGAAAAUGGAACAGUGUCGCGCAAAGUCGUACAAGAUUUGGAUAGAUCAUACAGUUAAUAGCAUCACCAAAACCUUCACAGAGGAAGUGACAAGCACUCAUCACAAUUCUGUGAUCGAGAAAUCUACACGGUGGGAGGAUGUAGAUAUCAUGGAAGAGACAGAGGAAGGAAGAAAACUUUCUUCAAAGAUCCACGUUCCCAUGCAGGCAUCCUGGCAUGUGCAUUCAACAUUAUUCCACUUAUGCCAGCAGUUGAACAGAGUCGGAUCUCAUGCAUUUCCAAGAUCUGUUGUGAGAGAAAUCCUGCUGAAGAUAUUGCAAGGUAUGCUGAUGGCAUAUGAAAAGCUGCUCACUGUUAGAAAGAAAGGGAGCAAGAGUGAGCUGCCCUUGAGUCAGCAGGCGGCGCUACAAACUUUAUUCAACGUGAAAUACAUAAUGAGUAUGAUACCAUGGAGGGAUGACUCGGAGGCUAGUAAAGUGUGGCAACAACGUUGCCAGGUGAUUGUGGAGGGCCUUGAAGAACAUGUGGACCCAUUUGACCUUGACGUUUUUUCACCUUACAUGCAGGCCAACUUGAUGAAAGCUACACAGCGUAGUGCUGUAUUGUUAGGAAACCUCUCUAUGCUGGACAAGCAUGCUAUCACGGGUUCUGGGCGACCACCAAUAGGAGGUCAGGAGCAGCACAACAUCCUGCCUUUAACCACUUGUUCUGCUCGCUUUCCGCUACUGCCACUAGGAUCACAGCCUUCACGCCCCAGUCUGCAGCAGACAGUUCUUUCCCAAACCAUUAGCAGAUCUAUAGAAUCACUGGGAGCAAAUACACUGACAUCAGUUGUGGAAGCUACUUUACCCAAAACAUCAUCCCAGAGUGACUUAAGCAGCUCAUUUUAUGACAAGCUAGACCGACUUGGUAGCAUGGGUUCUCGGCUGUUCUCCAAUAUUGGUGGGAAGUCAUGAUUUUUAACUGUGUUCAUAUGGACCUCGGAACUCAAUAACCUUUUUUGUUUUGUCUUUGUUUUUAAUUAUUGCCCCAGACAUCUAUGCAGGCACAGCUGCUGCCUGGCAACAACCAGUAGUAAGACAUUGGGGUUUUUCCCUCUGUGGGAGUGUUAUGAAUAUCAAAUGGUUGUAUGAUUCAAGUUAUUUAUCUGUCAUCACAUGUAAAGGAUGGGCAUGCACCUUUAUGUCAACAUAUGUGCCUAUGGGCUCAGGGUGUGUGGGUGUGUUUGUGUGAGUGAGAGAAAACAAGCAUGCAUUAUACGUUUGCAUAUAUACAUAUACAGACAUUUACCGUUUAUAAUUAACCUUUGACAUUAAGUAUGUUGGUGAAAAUAACUUACUUUGUCUCUCUAGAUUCUUUAAAUGUUGUGAUCACAGAAUCUACCUUUCACAUUAAUUUGUUACUGGAAAAAAGUCCUUCCCCUAACCCUAUUUUAUGCCUUGUAUAAUAAUUCCUGAGAACUUAGGACUGUUGCAGAAACAGCAUCAUGCAGCUGGUAAGACCACAUCUUACAGAUUAUAGAUUCUUCUCCUAAUGAAAGUAUAACUUAAGCUUUAGGUUUCUUUUUAAAUCUCUGAGAUAUAUAUAUAUGUGUGUAUGUUUAAAGAAUAACGAGGGAUAUAUAUGUAUAUUACACCAUAUGUGUGUGUGUCCUGUCAUAGAAAGUUUUAUACUUGAAAAAAGGCAAGAAGUUUCUCCCAAUUUUUUAUUUGAUUUUUAUUUUUAAUGAAUAGUAGAGGAGGAGGUCCGAACUUGUAUUUGUCGGUCUUCUGUUCAAAAGUAAGCUGUUCAGACAUGACAAAUCUGAGAUUGUGUUUUCUCGUGUGUGUUGAUAAUUAAGAAGGUUAAUUCAAUAUGGUCUUUGUUCCUUUGUACCAUGUUAAGUUUGUCAGUCUGAUCACUGACUAUAUUUUAGUUAGCGUUUCGUACACCUGUGUCACUUCUAAAAUGGGUUCAUGAAACAUAGGUGUGUGGGUAUUUUUUUUUUUUUAAUGGGCUUCUUGUUAAUGUUAAUGUUGAUCUUUUUCCCUAUGUUUCUCUGCCUUUAUGUCUGGUUAGCAUUGUGCUGUUAAAGAUACAGUAUUUUUUUGUAUAUUUUACUCUAUGCAAAAUAUGAUGAUCUAACAGGAACAUUCAGUAGUGGGGUCUGGAGGAUAAGCAUGUGUGUAUGUUGACAGGUGCAAAAAUAAAGAUGGAGAAAACAUUGAUAAAGAAGAAUUUUUAAUUCACGGAGCUGUAAUUUUGUUUAGGAGCAAACUUGUAGAUGAUUUUUCUUCUUUCUGAACUUCACCUUUCUUAACUCUACCCACCUUUUAUUUUAUUUUCUAUACUCUAUGCUUUUUUUUUUUAAACAAUCUGUUUACAUUCACUCAUUACAAGUCUAAUGUCUUUGAAUCACUGGUCUGAAGGUGAUGUGCUAGUAUCUGGAACUUCUGAAAACAUUUAUCAUAUUCCAUCAACUUAAAAUAUAAAUAUGUAUAUAUGAGUUUUGUCAAGAAGAAUCUUUCAGCCUCCAAAUGGGUCUCUAGAUGGUUCUUUCCUUAGGAUAGUGUUGUAAUCUAGAGACAGACCUGUAGGGAAUGGAAAGAGAAAAAUUUCAUUAUAACCCCUAAUAAGUUAUAUUAAGUGAUUGGAUCCUUCUCUGUUAACAAAAUGCAGGCUGCUUUAGCCACAGUAAACAAGAGCAGAUACCUCUAUGAGAUCUUGUCUGUGUGUUAGCUAUUCAGAUGUCUAGGAUGAUGGUGCUGCUGUCAUGCUUUGGCGUGAGGGGAGAUUGAACAUCUCUCUCUCUGAUCAAAAUCGGAUCAGAGCUAUCUCUAUGCAUGUAUUUUUAUAGCCGCUGUGUCAAACUUAUCCACAGCAUCCUAUCCUGGUGGCUAAGUUCUCAUCUUUGGUCAGUGAGAAAUGGUAACAUUGGAUGAUCUAAGCAAAUUAAAAAAAAAAUCUUAUUUACUGUCUAGUAAGAGACGCACUCACUCUGUGGUAAUUACUGUUUGUCUUGUGCCAUCAGUAGUUCUUUUGAUUAGUGGCCUAGGGGACAUGCGCGCAAUAUAAAUAGGCUCGAAGAGUAGAUCGCGCCAAAAAAAAAAAAAAGGACGGAUACACGGUGUCUCAAAAAUGUAUUGCCAUCAGCGUACCAAGGGACACAAACCACAUGCCUUUGAUGCUCCGCCUCCUGUUGGUAGCCUCCCAUGUAACAUCGAUCAUGGCAGCGGAAUACUUUCACUGAGAUGGAGCCAAGAAUUUCUCACUUCAUUUCUGUUGUUUGAAGCUUCUCUUGGGAGACCUCUACCAAGUUAGGUCUUAUUAUCUCUAAAAGCCUGUCCAACGAUGGGCAGUGUUAGUAUGCACGCCACAGUUUUAACUGUUAGUGUUUAUUCUCAGCAGAUCUGCACGUUUUUACCCUCCCAGCCCUCCCUUUUUGGUGUUUCACUUCGUCUUUCACCCCUUACCAACCCCACAUCCAUCCAUUUGGCAUGAAUGAAGUUUUCUUUGCAGUUUUCACUGACCACAUUUUUCAGGAUAAUUUUUUUUACUUGUCAUAUUUUUUUUUAAACUUGUAAAAUAUUGUGGGGCAGUUGUUGGAUUUCUGAUGUUUAUAAAUGUGGGAGAAAAUAAUGGUGAAUUUUGGAGUUGUUAUGAGCUAAGAAUAUUUGACAUUUUGCACGUUAAACUGUUUUAUUUGCCACAAAAUAAAAAAGAAUUUAUUUUG